AUGCGGCUGCACUACCUCAAGUCCGUGGUGGCACCCGACGACGUGAUCCGGCAGGAAGACAUCCCCGGUCUGUUCACGUCCUUCUCUGACAACCACGAGGGCAAACCAGUCGCCUUCAAGUUCAUCAACGACGAGUGGGGCUCCAUUCACAACAGGCCUGACCGCCGCAUCAUGUGCCCUUUGGACGGCUCAAAGCUUAUCCCCGUCGCUGUGGCUUCUGGUGGCGGAGCACUGCCUGGUUCCGAGACGUUCCCGAAGGUACUCUUCCAAAUCGAAGAAUCGCUUCUAGAGACGGCCAGUGAAUCAGCAGACGCCAAGACGCUGAGCUCCUUUUACAAGCUCAACAAGCAGUCUACGAAGAUUCCGGAAUGGCGCUACAAGCAAGUGCAAGAGGAACGCAGACUGGAUGACGCCUGGAAGGCAAAGUUCUACCCCGUCGUGAAACACUGGCUGGACGAAAUUGACUUGGCAGUGUAGUCCCGGUCCCGCGUAAUAAAAAAGAAAAAUG